UCGGCUGUGUGUCUUGUCUCUUGAACGCGCAAGACGUAUAUUCUUGAAGGAGACAGUCCACACCCUCUGACGCCGACAUUUGACAAUCAUUUGGGUCGAGGAAUUGCUGCUGCAAUGGGAGAAAGACGAGUCGUCCUGGAGGUUCAAGCUCGCGACGGCAGGAGGUUGAACAUCGAGACGGCUCUGCCAGGAGGGGAGUGCACGCCGACAACAACGCUGAAGCUCACCCUACCCGCGCUCGCCCGUUCUGAGGCCGCUUCUCCGGCCGCUUCCUUCCUCAGACUAAACAGAGAUCCCGCCAACUUGCUCUUGGGAUACCUUGCACCGGAAAGUUGGCUCGAGGUGGAACAGGCCUGCAGAGCGGGACGAGUAGCGGUUGCGUCCUCCGGGUGCUGGACUGACAAAGGGGUGGGGGAUGGGCAAGGGAAGGCGGUCUACGUGCGCCAGCGGCGCGCGCUGCAUCGUGUCUCUGGAGCGUUCCAGGACCUCCGCCGUUUCGCGCGUUCCCCGUCGAGCGUUUUCAACCCCGGCGCGACGCUGGCCGACACGAUGAACGCCGAGCAGCGGACAGGCGUCUUGUUCCCGGACGAAGCCAGGGCUUCUUUCCUCCUGUUCGACGGCCAGGCGCGCUCUGGCUGGCUGCGCUCGGAGGGCGUCAUCGGCGGAUUCGAGCUCCUGUCGCUGGCGGAAUCCGUGGAUCUCAUGCUGGAGGAGGCCUGCUUCCGCGGCGAGUCGGGACCUCCGCCGGAGUUCGUGCCGCUGGCGAACCGCAGAAAUAGCAACGAGUGGCUUGCGGCAGAGGUGGGCGGGGGAAGAGUGUGCGUGAUCAAGCCGCUCAGCAGACCCAAGGUGGUCGCGAGCUCCUGGUCCCACUACCUCCGCGUGCAGUAG